AUGUCCCAGGACCUGACCAUCCAGAUCCUGCGGCUCCUGGACAUGCCGGUCUCCCGGACGCUGAUCGGGCACGACAAGAGCUACAAGGUGGUCGCGAUGGAUUCCAAGAACAACAAGCUGGGAGAGACGGGUCCGAUCGCUGGCAUCGACGGCAUGACAGUGUUUGACGGCGAGAACGAGACGCUCACGCUGACGCCCGAGGAGGGCACACUUCGUUUGAAGACCCGCUCCUCGCUCAUCAUGCUCUUCGUGCAGUACGUCGGGGGCAUCAGCCAGCAGUUCAUCGGAAAGUGCAAGAUCCACAGGCAGGACCCGCGCUCAACGCAGGUGUGGCCCUACGCGCUGAGCGACCCGCACGCGGCGCACGGGAAGGAGGAGCCCGCGAACUGCGGCAUCGAGCUCAAGGUGGUCGAGGGGCCAGCCGACGGCAUGGCCUCCGCUGCAGUGCCGGCCAUGGCGUCCAUGGGCGUCCCGGGGUCGGGCCCGCUGGCGUCGCCCAGCGCGGCGCCGCCCGACUUCGCGGACCCGAUCGGGCUCAGCGCCUUCCUGAUGAUCGACAAGGUCACGGACAUCAGGCUUCCAGCGGACCCCAACAUGAAGAGGAUGCUCUUGACCGUGAACUCUGUGGACGGCCACACGGAGUACGUCCGCCUCAUGUUCCCCAUCCGGCCCAUGCCAGACUCGAAGAACAUGGUCGAGGCGGAUUGCUUCAAGUCCAAGGUGUACGUCCAGGCGCCCGUGCACUUCGGGGGCGCGGACGGCGAGGGCGCCAUGUACGUCCGGAUCGGGAUCGCGUACGUCCCCGACGUUAGCCACUGGGACGACACGAAGAAUGUCGACCGCGUUGGCCUGACCGACCCUGUCAAGAUCACGUGGCGGCCAGCCCCGAAGAUCUACCAGGAGCUGAAGGACUUCGAGAACCACACCAGCGGCGGCGUGCACCUGGAGCACCGCCUGAUGACCUCGCAGGAGAAGAGCCAGGAGCAGCGCGCCCGCAACGCAUUCACGCCGCCCGUGGCUCCGGCGCACGCGCACGAGGCCCCCGGCCACAAGAUCAGCGGCCGCACGGGCCACUUCCCGCCCGGCAGCCAGGAGGAGGCCUGGGAGCAGGCGAUCCUCAACUGCGAGGCGCAGAAUCGCGCGACUCUACAGCGCUGCAAGAAGGCCGACCCGCACAGCCACGAGAAGAGCCCCCACAUCCAGGUGGUCAACGGUUACCGCGAGUGGGACAGCCUCGACACUCUGUUCACCACCAUGGGGCCGAACCCCCUGGCCAUGUCCGAGGAGGUUGGCCCCUCGGUUGCCAGGAGCUACCACGAGAGCCAGAGCCUGAUGAAGGACCUCGCCGGCGAGCUGAUCCCGCCCCUGUCGCAGGCCGACGCGCACAUGAACCUGGAGCUCAUCAAGAUGUACUACAGGGGCGACCCGUUCAAGGCGGAGCAGAUCCUCCGGCCCGUCGUCUGCAAGGACCCCGGAGAGAUCAAGGCCACCAAGGACAUGAGCUGGUGCCCAGACCCGCCGGUGUACGCGCCGCUCCGCAACAUGUCCGAGGAAGACAGGGAGACGCUGCGGCUCGCGUGCUACGACCCGUCCCAGAACGCCAAGCUCCUGUUCCAGGA